GCUUAGAGAAUAGCACGUCUACAGUCUAUGUUCUAAUACAAUGGUACGAGCCGGUGUACUUGAAUAGGUCGUGUUGUAAACCGUGGUGGAUAUUUUGCUUACACAGGUGUUUUUCUGCAGGUGCAUUGCGGGCAGGGUAUGUACUGUAGGCUACACGAAUCUUACUGUUCGGACGAAAAACUAGAUCAGACAGCGCACAGCAGUGUGGCCUACAAAAAGGAGGAGCUGACCGUGGCCUAAUCCAUCCAUGCAAGUUGUCUGAAGGGACAGAGGGACCAGCAAAGAUGGUGAAAUGAAUUGUUACGCGACGUAGCAAUUACAAGUGACGAACAGGUAGUGCUGUUUCCUUGGACAUCAUGUUCUAACAGUGAGACCACAGAAGAGUAAUGAGCACCAGGCAGCAGGGGGAGUGGCUGGGUGAUGCUGUGGGGGAGGGGCAUAAGGAUCCUGCUGCCCUUAGUAACCAGCAGUCCAGUGACACAGCUGAGGCUGUAGAGGAAGUCCGCGUCCGGAGAAGUUGGAGACCCUGCCAAAUGCUCGGGCAGGAUUCCCACCACCCCCAUCAUCAUCAUCACCACCCACAUCAUCCUCCUAUUCCACACCAAGGCUUGGGUCGCGGCCACCCCAGGCACCGAAGACGCCCUCCAUCGGGGCAGGGCCCAACCAGACUUGGGGAGGGAGUGGAAAUGGACCCUUCUAGCCACACCCAGCCACCCCGCCUUGGCGUGUCUCGCUACCGCCGCCAGGGUGAGCCCAGGGUCAGAGUUCACAGGCAGAGACAGCCGACUGAACAGGGAGACCCCACUGGUCCUGCAGCGAUGAAGCAGCAGCCCCCUCCAUGCUCCCCUCAAGCACACCACCCACUGGAGAGUGGGGCAACCGACCUUACUGGUGGUACCCGUCUUAGCCCCUCCGACCACACAAUAUCUCCUCACACCCCUGACCCCCCUUGUCAAGAUCUGCCAGCACCCGUUCCUGAUGCCGUGUCUCCCCAGGCUGAGGAGGAGGAGGAGGAGGAGGAGGAGGAGGGGUGCAGCUCAUCCAUAACGCUGUCUGUUAGCAUUCAAACUGGAUUUGACAGAGAGACAGAUCAGGAGAACCAGAGGGAGGGGGUCCGUGGAGAGGAGGACCUGCACCAGACUGCCUUGGGAGUAGAAAAUGGAGAGGAAGAUGAGGAAGGUGAUACAAAUGGACUCUGCUCUGACACUGAGAGUUCCGCCUCUCUAAGCAUGGAUGUUCCACCGCUUAGUCCACCUGGACACCAGUCACCACCCGUCUCUCCGUCCCCAUUCUCGCCCCCUCCGCUUCAGUCUGAGCACUCCGACCAAUGUAGUGAUGAGUUUAGCCCAAGCCCCGCCCAUGAAAAUGACAUAGUGCCUGACAGUGAGAGCCGCGCUGACUCUCCACUUUCCACCUCUGAGUCCUUCACAAACUCGUACCCUAAGACCUAUGCAGAAUUUUAUAACGAGUCCUACCCACAGUCCGAAUCUAUGACAGAGCCCUUUACAGAGUCCUUCACAGAGCCCUACACUAAGUCCUACCCCCAAUCUUUCCCUAAACCCUUGAAGAUGGUUUGUUAUCCGGACUCGGACAGGGAGUCCCACAAGGGAUCUGAGGCGAACUCUGAUGAGCCCUUUUCAGAAUCCUGCUCAGAGCCCUUCAGCGUUAGACGGAAGGGGCGUGUUUAUCAGGAAGCUGGCGACAUUGAACCGCAACCCCAUUCCGCCUGGUCAGGCGGCGUUGCGGGGUCAACACGAAACCUCCCUCAUUGGCGGGGCCGCUCGGUGGGCUCAAGACUGCACCACUACGAUGACGCCACGUCUGAUGGGGAGGGCGAAAGCCUCAAAGAUGGCCCCAGAAACCUGGGGUUACUUCCCAGAGAUGUGGAGGGUGAAGCCCAGUCAGAGAGAGCCAGCUCUGGGCAGCCCGGGUCAGUCGGGGCCACGGAGGAGCUAGUCGGCGCGGAGCUCACCCCUCCGUUGGAAGGCCACUCGGAGGACUGGGUCAGGGGCUCGGGGGAUGCCGUCUCUCUAGCCAUCCGAGACAUCCGAGAGGCCAUAGAAGAGGUGAAGACCAAGACCGUGCGAUCGCCCUAUACUCCUGACCAACCCGUACAGCCUGUGUGGGUGAUGAGACAGGAGGUCAGUCCUUCUGAGGAGGAGUGCUACUCACAGCAGCCACUGGGAAACGGCGUACAUCCUUUCUUUCAGUCGUCACACUACAAACCCGUUCCACUUCCUGAUCCGGUUCCAGUCCAGGUUCCGGUUCCAGUCCAUGUUCCGGUUCCAGAACCGGUCUGUCCUGUAAGGGCAGAGUCCUCCAGAAUACACCAGGUACAGCAGAGGCUGCCAUCCAUUGAGGAGAUCCGCAGGAAUAUGCCUGCCUUCCCUACAUACGUUGAAGUCCCAGGGCCGUGUGACCCAGAGGACCUGAUUGACGGAAUCAUUUUUGCGGCCAGCUACUUGGGCUCCACCCACCUGCUGUCAGAGAGAACCCCCAGUAAGAGUGCCCGCAUGCUGCAGGCCCAGGAGGCCAUGGGGCGUGUCAGGACCGCCCAAAAGCAAGCUAAAAACAGAAAGACUGAGAGUGAGGUUCCUUCCUCCACUGAAGUGGAUCUCUUCAUGUCUACACAGAGGAUCAAAGUGCUGAAUGCAGAUUCCCAGGAGUCCAUGAUGGACUUGCCCCUGAGGACCAUCUCCUACAUAGCGGACUUAGGAAGCAUGGUGGUGUUGAUGGCCCGGGGGAAGAUGGUACGCUCCAGGAGCGCUCAGGAACAUCUGAACCACACCGCCGAGCAGCCUGAACACACCCUCAGCCCUGCCCGUGACGACCGGCGGCAGUACAGGAUGGUCUGCCACGUUUUUGAGUCCGAGGAUGCCCAGCUCAUAGCCCAGUCCAUUGGGCAGGCCUUUAGUGUGGCCUACCAGGAGUUCCUGCGGGCCAAUGGCAUCGACCCAGAGGACCUGAGUCAGAGGGAGUACAGCGACUUGCUUAACACUCAGGACAUGUACAAUGAUGACCUCAUUCAUUUCUCUAAGUCAGAGAACUGCAGAGAUGUUUACAUCGAGAAGCUGAAGGGCGAGAUGCUGGGUGUGGUCAUAGUGGAGUCAGGCUGGGGCUCCAUCUUACCCACCGUCAUUGUCGCUAGCAUGAUGCAUUCUGGGCCGGCAGAGAAGUCUGGUCGACUCAACGUUGGCGAUCAGAUCAUGACCAUCAAUGGAACCAGUCUGGUUGGACUGCCCCUUUCCACCUGUCAGAGUAUAAUCAAGGGUUUAAAGGCCCAGUCCAGGAUCAAGUUGAACAUUGUCAGGUGCCCACCUGUCACUAUGGUGCUGAUCCGUAGACCAGACCUGCGAUACCAGCUGGGCUUCAGCGUACAGAAUGGCAUUAUCUGCAGCCUGAUGAGGGGGGGCAUUGCUGAGAGAGGGGGUGUCCGCGUCGGACAUCGAAUCAUUGAGAUCAACGGCCAGAGCGUGGUGGCCACACCUCAUGAGAAGAUCGUUCACAUCUUGUCUAAUGCAGUGGGAGAGAUCCACAUGAAGACGAUGCCUGCAGCCAUGUACCGUCUUCUGACGGCCCAGGAACAGCCUGUCUACAUCUGACCCUCCUGCACACCUGGGACCACGUCUGAACACAACGCUCCUUUCCAGUCAUUUUGAUAGAAUUAGAAUAUUAGCCAUGCAUUUGUUUAUUUAUGUUUAUCUCACCCUGUGUUUGCUUGAAAUCAGCGUGUAAAUUUCUCUGCACUGACUCGCCUUAAUCAGAAUACAUAGGGCCAGUGCGUUGCUGCAUAAGGCACAUUGAUUCUCCAGGCUGAGUAUGAAUGUGAUCUUAACCAAAGAUAAGAGUUUUAUGUGAAUUUUGAUGUAAAAAAAAAAAAAAGAAGAACUUUGGUCUUUCAGAGACCUAUGAAUGUACUAUUAUAAGAAUAUUACACAUGUAAACUGUCUCCACGGAGGCAUGGUAACCAAAAUAUGUGCUUUUCAUUGGACCAAAUUGAGCCAUGCAUGUAAAAAGACUGAAAAGAAAGGUCAAUGUCCUUAGAUGUUGCAGCUGGUGCUAUAAAAUGCACGUAGUUGAAUGAGCUCUGAGAAGCCAUCUUGCUUGGGGCUGAAUUAGGCAUAGCACUGUCACUUUUAUUUACGGAAUGAAGACACGUUUAAGAGAGAUUUAUUUAUUUGUCAUUUCUGAAAGUUAAAAAAAACAGUCAACUACAGUUGAUUUCAGCAGCCUGAGGACCAUGAAUCAAAGAGAAAUACAGAUCAAAUAUAGAACAGAGGUCAAAGAUCGUAAGAAUCACUCACCUGAUAGACCUGGUAACAAAAAAAGUCCCCUUUAAAGUAGGUAGAUACUGUAUAUGACAUAAUGUGAUUGUCUCAGGUUGUAUGUGUAUGGCUAAUACAGGAGUAAACUGGUGUGUUUUGCCCAUCACCUCUAAACACCAA